GGCCGGCGAGGGCGGGACUGGCCCGCUGCAGGCCGACGAGUGUGCGGCGGAGCUAACGGGACCGGACGCCGGCGGCGGCGGCGGCUUUCUGCACGGGUGGAGGCGGCGACAGGAGCGGCGAGCAUGGCCCGCGCGGCUCCCGGCGCUGACUGAGGCUCAGGCUGCGGCAGCCGGGCGCCUGGUGAGUGCGAGGAAGCUGCCAGGGGAUUACUGCCAGUGCCAGCUAACGGACGUCCGUGGGCCUCAGGGGCAUGGGGGUAGGCAGAGCCACUUUCCCACCUGGACCAGCAGCACCAGGAAGGAGGCCUGGGCCCUGGUGUGGAGUUUGCCACAGGCUCGGCUGACCCAGAUGGUCGUAGGAGCAGCACCCCGCUGAGUAGCAGCUGUGCACAGACCCUGGGGGAGCCCACAGCAGAAGCUCUGGAGCCCUCUACCCCACCUGCCUUGGGGCUGUGAAGGGGGCACCCCGGUGGAAUCGGCGGGGAGAAGAAUUUAACUUGAAGAGGCUCUGCGUUUCGGCAGUGGAGUUUUCUGACACCCACAGAGCUGCCUGGAUUUUUCCUCUCAGGGUUGGGGCCUGGCCCCCCUCCCCUGGCAGAAGUGUUGAACCAGGAGGACCAAGCAAAGUGUGGACGACCCUUGCAUGGAAUCUAGGCAGCUUACAGCCCUUGUGCUCUCUGUUGUGAUUGGGGUUUGUGGGCUUCCCCCCCUGUAGGGGACGAGGGGCUACCUCAGCGUCUGCUCAUGAGCCACAAGGACCCCGACUGCUCCAGACUGGACCAUUGCAAGCUGCCGAAGAGGGGGGCCUCCAGAGCUGGCAGCCAGCAGCCCCAAGGGACUAGAAGGCUCAGGUGGACUGACCUCCCCCUUGCCAGGGUAGCAGGAGAAGCAGAGCAUCUGUGGCCCAGCUAAUGACGGAGAUUCCCGGUGAAGCCAUAGCAGGGGCCUGAGUGACUCGGGGCCCAGGAACCCCUCCUGCCAACGUGCUUUCUUCUCGCCUUGAAGGAGGCUGUGGUGUCGGACCCCUGUUGCUGGCCCCUCCACGGCACGUGCCCUUAUGCCCUUUGCACGAGGAGCCAGAGCAGGCAGGCUACGCCGUGGCUGGCCGGUCAGCUGGCUGGGAGAGGAGCAGCCACGGUGACACCCACCUGCCCAGUGGGCUGGUGGUCCAGCCCCCAGCACAUCGCACCAUGAAGUGCUCCCUGCGGGUGUGGUUUCUCUCUGUGGCCUUCCUGCUGGUGUUCAUCAUGUCACUGCUCUUCACCUACUCCCACCACAGCAUGGCCACCCUGCCCUACCUUGACUCGGGGGCCCUGGGUGGCACCCACCGGGUGAAGCUGGUGCCCGGCUAUGCUGGCCUGCAGCGUCUCAGUAAGGAGGGGCUUGCUGGCAAGAGCUGUGCCUGCCGCCGCUGCAUGGGUGACUCUGGCGCCUCCGACUGGUUUGACAGCCAUUUCGACAGCAACAUUUCCCCUGUCUGGACCCGAGAGAACAUGGACCUGCCCCCGGAUGUUCAGAGGUGGUGGAUGAUGCUACAGCCCCAGUUCAAGUCACACAACACCAACGAAGUGCUGGAGAAGCUGUUCCAGAUAGUACCAGGCGAAAACCCCUACCGUUUCCGUGAUCCCCAGCAGUGCCGACGCUGUGCCGUGGUGGGGAACUCAGGCAACCUUCGGGGUUCAGGCUACGGCCCAGAUGUGGAUGGGCACAACUUCAUCAUGAGGAUGAAUCAGGCACCAACUGUGGGCUUUGAGCAAGAUGUGGGCAGCCGAACCACCCACCAUUUCAUGUACCCUGAGAGUGCCAAGAACCUGCCCGCCAAUGUCAGUUUCGUGUUGGUGCCCUUCAAGGCCCUAGACCUGCUGUGGAUUGCCAGCGCCCUGUCCACAGGGCAGAUCCGAUUCACCUAUGCUCCAGUGAAGUCCUUCCUUCGAGUGGACAAAGAAAAAGUCCAGAUCUACAACCCAGCCUUCUUCAAGUACAUCCAUGACAGGUGGACAGAGCAUCACGGACGGUACCCUUCCACAGGGAUGCUAGUGCUCUUCUUUGCCCUGCAUGUGUGCGAUGAGGUGAACGUGUACGGAUUCGGGGCCGACAGCCGAGGCAACUGGCACCACUACUGGGAGAAUAACCGCUACGCGGGCGAGUUCCGGAAGACUGGUGUGCACGACGCCGACUUCGAAGCCCACAUCAUCGACAUGCUGGCCCAGGCCAGCAAGAUCGAGGUCUACCGAGGCAACUGAGCCUGGCCCUUCGGCGAACCUUCCGGUCCGGCCCCGAGGCGCGCUCUCGGCUCGGAUUCUGGGCCAGCCCAGGGCCACGGCGGUGAGAAUCCCCAGGCCUUCGGCUGCCAUCUAGACCAGUCAUGCUGCAGCCCAGCGACCCCGCUGGUCCCCGCCAGUCAAGGAACUCUGGGGACCGGUCCGACUUGGCACCAAUCAGCGCCGCGGCCGGGCGGGGCUUCUCUUUCCCAACCAAUCAUGCGUCUCAAGGAGAACUUCCGGCGCGGGACUCCGUCUCCUCCAAUCGUUGGCCUUCGGAGGCGGGGCAGCGGCCGAUCUAGCCCCACUUCCUGUGCUUUGGGAUGGGACUUUAUUUCUUGUUCUUUUAAGGAUUAGAGGUUGGUUCCGGCCCGGCUGAAGUCCUCACCACGGGAGAGUGGCGGACGCCAGCCGGGCUGACCCCCCGGGGCGCCCAGGAGGAAACGGAGAUGGCGGCACGGGGUGGCAGCGGUUCGGCUUCCCCUUCCCCACGUCGCCUCGGGGUGGGCGGAGGGGCGAUCGCCAGCCUCUUUAGUGGUCGACGGUGUGGGUGGUCGUGGGAGGCCCCAAGGAGCGCGCGUACGCUCCCAGGGAAAAGCCAGGCUCCAGGGAGACAUCAGGCCCCACGUUUCCUUCAUCGGUCAGGCUCAGAUGGGUGAGUGUAAACCCACCAAAGAAAUGCAGUGAGAAUCCAGAGGGUGCGUGGGUCCCCUCCUCCCACUCCCCGCCUUGGGCCACCCUAUGGAAUGGCCUUUCUCACUAGGGCAUUUAGUCUCACCAGAAAGCUAGAAUUGUAUUCACCCCUUGCUUGGGGGCGGAAUUCUAGGGCCUAACUCUGGAAAAAUAGGUGUAAGGAGCAGGGCAGGAGUCGGGGAAGCCCCCCUCACUUCUGCUGUAAGGUGCUUCUCACGCAAGUGUACCCUUGCCCGUGCUGUUCAUCACAACCUUUCACUGACUAUGGCCCUGGGCCUCCUCACCAGCCUAUUUGUUGCUCUGGAAAAAAAAAUUUAAACUUGCCCUGGGAUUUGGGGCACUGCUGCUUUCUGUCUCUCACACACAAACACACACACGCCCUACACCGUUAGCUGCCCUCUCUAAGGAGAGGGAGCAACAUGUAGGAAACAAGAUUGGAGGGAGGACCCUGGCUUCCUGGUGCAUGCACCUUCUUCCUUCAUCCAUGACCCCAAAGAGGAGUAGGAAACCUCUUGCUUGGGGGUGGAAUUUGCUUUGAGCUCAUAAUUUAGUUAACCUGAAGCUACCAGGUAUGGCUGAUCAACAAAGAUUCUUUAAAACUCCAAGCUGGCCAUGCAAGUAAUGGGGAACCUAGCUGGGGAGGAGUAGACUUGCCCCCCCUGCAUGCCUUCUCCCCUGCCCAUUUGAGUCUCCUCUCCCUUGCUCCCCUCCUGUCUUCCUCUCACCCACUUACGUUCCAGCUCUAGAAAGCUGGGAAAUGAAUAACCAGGGGGGUACAACUAACUGGAAACAUCUGUGUGACAGAACCUAGCCUGAGUCCCUAGAGGAAGAUGCUGGGGGUAUUCUCAUCCUUAAAGGUAGGGGAAGUUUAGGAGGGGAAAAGGGGCUUCUGUGAAGCUUCCAGAUCUCUGAAAGUACUCCCUUUGAUGAACACGGAUACCACUCUUUUUUCCUUGGUGAAUUGACACCACCAACAGACAGUCUCUGGCCUUUGGUAUCGUUCCUGCAGCUGGCUGGGGGAACAGUAACCAGCAGCUAGUAUGUUAGAAAGGGUGGGGGAGGGGCAGUGGACACCCCUAAAAUUAAUAUAUUGAGAACUUAGUUUGAAUCUGUUCUUUCCCAAUUCCAGAAGCAGGAAUAAAGAAUUGGAGUGGGUAGGAGUCCAUUUCUUGGGCCUCCCCCCACCAUUUUAGCAUCAAGGCACCAGCCAUUCUUGCUAGUCUCAUCUCAGUGCUUCCUAAAGAGGCUGUUUUGAGUGUUAGGAAGAUGAAAAAAAAAAAAAAAAA